ACUAAUCAUGGGAGAUAGUAGUUGGGGCGAGAGAAAGAGCAUGAAGUACAAUGAAGAAGAAGAAGAGGAAGAUGAAGAAUACCAAGACGAAGAUGAAGGAAAAAAGAAGAGAGUAGUAGUGGUGAGCAACAAGAGAGCAUCAUCAUCAUCAUGUACAUGUCAAGUGGAUGGUUGCAAUGCAGAUCUAAGCAUUGCAAAGCAGUAUCACAAGCGCCAUAAGGUGUGUGAGUACCAUGCCAAGGCUCACUCUGUUCUCAUCUCUCAACAACAUCAAAGGUUUUGCCAGCAAUGUAGCAGGUUCCAUGAGCUAUCAGAAUUUGAUGACUCAAAAAGGAGUUGUAGAAGGCGUUUAGCUGGACACAAUGAGAGGCGUCGCAAAAAUUCAUCAGAUUGCCAAGGAUAAGAAUUUCCAAUGAUAGUUAAGAUGAACUUCAAUAAUAUUGAAUCCAGCAGCAUCUAAUUGAAAUAAAUAAAUUUUCUGUUGAAUAUGGUUCCUGUUUAAAGUUUAAACUAAUGCUAUUAUUUAUCUUUGAGGA